AUGCUCAAGUGGGCCGUCAACCAGCCCCGACCCUCGUACAUGGAGGAGACCACAGCCACGCCAAUGCGCAGGGGAGCUGGCAGCUACAGCGAGUUCCAUGCCCUGCGGGGAAAGCUCAAGCGCAAGUCCCUCUGCCUGGCCCUCGCCCACGGACAGGGGAAGGAGAACCAGCUGACCUCGACGCCACUGCCAGCCAGCUCCCUGCCCGUGCACCCACGGACCCCGCUGCUCAAGGACCUCAGCAAUAUCAUGUCCUCGCCCCUGACUACGCCCACGCCCACGCCCACGCCCACACUCCGCCCACCCGCCUACGCCUCCACGCUGCCGACCUUCGAGGCGGAGUACUCCCCGAGCGCGGCCAUAAUCCCGGGUCCGCUGCUCGCACUCCGCGGCAUGGGCAUCCCCGACAGCUACUUCGAGAAGCCCCGCUACCUGGAGCAGAAGCCCCUGCCCCUUCCCCUUCCCCUUCCCCUGCCCAUGCCCGUGCCCCAGGCCCCUGCCACGAAGAGCGGCCAGACCACGCUCAGCUCCAGCCAGAUGGGAGACGUGACCCUGGAGCGGAUGAUCGACGCCAUUCUGGAGAGCACCCGCAAGGCGCCGGCCCCCAGGCAGCCGCGUCAGCGUCUGCGCCAGCGACACAGACACCACCCCCUGAGCAGCACCACCUCCUCCGCCGCCGCCGCCGCCGCUGCCGCCACCCACUCGCCCACCUACCGGCCCGCCUUCGACCCGGCCAGCGACCUCUGCGAGUACUGGAGGUCACCCCACGCGAGUGGCUACGAGGAGCGGGAGGUGCGCUCCCCCCAGCCGGCUACCGUCGAUGGACAGUCGCAGUCGCAGUCCCAGUCCCAGGGGAAGAGGCGAUCACUGCAGCUGCGGAGGCAGCGCGUGGUGCGGCGCAAACGGAAGAUCGCGACAAGAAUCUCCUCCAGCGUACGGCAGUCGGCCCAGAAGCUGCUGGCGGCCGCCCGCUCCGCCCAGAAGAUCCGCCACAUCAGCCCCGACAGCGGCCACAACUCGACCAGCGACUGCGAGCUGGACGAGGAGCAUCCGAUUCCCAUGCUGGCAAUGGGAUUGGGAUUGGGACUGGGCGGCGAGGAGCUGGAAGCCUCGUGCCAGCUGGAUGCCAUGUGGAUGCAGGCACAGGCGCAGGUCAGGGACGCCACCAAGAGACGCCUCAGCUUCUCGAUGUCUGAGGCCAGCUGA